UCAAGUUUCAUCUCAUUGGAGAGAGGCUGCAUCACAGUGUGUGGACAGGUCUGCUCUUCCGUCAGCGAACAAUAUAUUCCCGGAAAACACUAUAGCGACCGGCGUACAUUCCUUAUCUCCUGAGUUCAGUUGAAGCGCAUAUUGAUCAAAAACGGAUCAUUUCUGCUACUUUGAAGAAUAAUGGAGAUAGAGAAAAUUUAUCCAUUAGUCCUAGCUGCCUUAGUUGUUGUGUGUUAUUUCAAUUCCUUGCCAUGUGGUCUUGUAUUUGAUGACAUUGCUGCCAUCACCCGGAAUAAGGAUGUUAGACCUUACACUCCUCUUAUAAAUGUCUUUCAAAAUGACUUCUGGGGGACACCUCUUAAAAAGGAACAAAGUCACAAAUCCUACCGUCCACUCACAGUCCUGAGUUUCCGGCUAAACUACGCCGUCCAUGGUCUGCAACCCAUGGGAUAUCACUUGGUCAACAUUCUACUGCACGCAUUUGUUUGUCAUCUUUUCUACAAAUUCUGCCUGCAUUUCCUUUCUGGAACUUCUAGCUUAGUGUCCAGUGCUCUCUUUGCAGUCCAUCCGGUUCACACCGAAGCCGUUACCGGCGUGGUCGGGAGAGCAGAACUUCUGUCAGCUGUUGCCUUUCUCUGUGCCUUACUCUUUUACGUGGAACACAGAUUUCUGCCUAAUGCAAGAGCCUGGCAACACUGUGGAGCUACUAGUCUUCUUGCAGUCAUAGGAUUUUUAUGCAAAGAACAAGCCAUUACAGUUUUGGCUAUUUGCUGUAUGUAUGAGUUAUUCGUACCAAAGAGAUCGAACAGAGUACAGAACAUUCGGCAUUUGAUCCUGAGCCGAGGCUCCAUGUCUCCGUGGUGGAGGGACAAACUCUUGAGACUGACAAUUAUGGUGUCUGUGGCUGUGCUCUCACUGCAUUUGCGCUGGAAAAUGAUCGGUGGAAGAUUACCGGUCUUCAACAGGUUCGACAAUCCUGCAUCAGUCUCCAAAUUCCCCAUCCGCCACUUGACAUACAAUUAUCUAUUGGCUGUAAAUGCCUGGCUUCUCCUCUUUCCCCAAUAUCUUUGUUGCGACUGGACAAUGUCCACCAUCCCGCUAGUGGAUAGUUUGGGGGAUAUCCGGAAUGUCGCCACCAUCGCAGUAUACAUAACAGUAUUUUAUAUUCUGAAAGCUCUUCUGAGAUCAGAUGACGAAACGAAAAUGACACUUUUGAUGGGUAUUUCAUUGGUCGUUAUUCCUUUCCUACCUUCGAGCAACCUGUUGUUCCCCGUGGGCUUCGUCGUGGCAGAACGCGUUCUUUACAUCCCCAGUAUGGGGUUUUGCAUUCUCGUCGCCCGGGGCUGGAGUUUGCUUUUCGAAAACAAAACUUUCAGAAACUGGGCUGUCCUUGGAAUUAUUGUUGUUGUGCUCGCCGGAGCUUGCAAAAUUGUGGUUCGAAAUGCUGAUUGGCAAAAUGAAUACACCUUGUACAGAUCUUCUCUGUCAGUGAACCAGAGAAACGGCAAACUGUUCAAUAAUAUGGGACGAGUGCUGGAGUCCCUCAAUCGGCAAGAAGAGGCGCUCAGCCACUACGAAAGUGCCAGAAGAAUAGAACCGAAUGACAUCAGAAGUUAUCUAAACAUUGGUCGAGUCCUCACUUAUUUACAUCGAUACAAAGAAGCUGAAGAUAUUUACAGAAAGGCGCAAACUUUAUUGCCCAUUCUGGAAAUCCAGUCUCAGCAAGAGGUCCAUGUUACGCCGAGCCAUCUGCAGCUGUUUCUCAAUUUGGCCUCCCUCAUUUCGCAGAACCACAGUCGGCUAGAAGAAGCUGAUGCUCUUUACAAAGAAGCACUUGUACUUCGAUCUGAUUUUAUCAAAGCUUAUUUGAGCAGAGGUGAUGUUCUACUGAAAUUGAACAAGAGUAAAGAAGCUGAAGCUCUGUAUCACAGGGCUCUGGAAUAUGACGACACGAAUCCCGAUUUAUAUUUCAAUUUAGGUGUCGUUCUAAUGGAUCAAGGCAGAAAUUCAGAAGCUAUUGAAUCAUUCAACAAAGCUCUAAACGUGGAACCCGAUCACGAGAAAUCUUUAGAGUUUUCGACGCUCUUGUUGCACAAUUCCAAUGUUCCUAAUCAUAAAAACUUGGCAAAAAUACGGCUUGAAAAGAUACUCGACAGGGGAAAAGAAACGGAGAGAAUCUACAUCAAUUUGGGUUUGUUGGCAAUCAACAACCAGAACUUUCUGAGUGCUGAAAAGUUUUUCCGCAAAGCUCUGCAGAAAGAUGCCACAUCCCGGGAAGCCCUCUUCAACCUGGCUUUAUUAUUGUCUGAGCAGCAGAAACAAGCAGAAGCAAUCUUUUACCUCGACAAGCUGCUGAAGCUCUACCCCGAUCACAUCAGCGGACUGCUGUUACUUGCCGACAUUCAUGUCAAUUAUUUGAAAAAUCUUGACUCGGCAGAAAAGUGCUAUCAGAGAGUAUUGAAAUUAGAUCCAACCAACCAAAAGGCUCUGCACAACCUCUGCGUGCUUCAUUUUGAACGAGAGGAUUUUGAGACUGCAGAAAGGUGUUUCGUGCACACGCUGACACUGCACCCCAGUGUCCGUUACAUCCAGGAUCAUUUGGACGUCGUAAGGAGCAUUCUCCGGCAAGAAAGAAAGAAAGUGGUCUUGGAACAUCUGAUGACCCCUUAUUCUGUCAGCUGACAGCCCUCGUCCAAAACUGGUUUUCCCAUGAGCUUUGAAAAUUUGAAGAUCAUCAUUUCUUGCAAGUGUGCAGAUUCAAAUCCAAUCAAGAGCAAUCCAGAUGUGUAUCCAUAAGGAUUAAGAAAACAGGUUGGUGGCUUAGAGUUUGGCCAAACCAAUGCAAAAGAAUUCCAUGGGUUCUCAACUUACAAGAGGCCAGUGGCUUUAGGGCAGUAUUGAUUUUGGGACCAGGGAAUCUUGAGUUUGAAGCACAACUCCACUAAAAAACUCACGUGUAUGAGGAGUUAGUGCUCAUUAAAUCUGACAUUGAGAUAGAAUCAUCAUGUAAGCGGUGUAGAAGAUCCGAAGCAGUCAGUUCAAAUGUCGUCCUCUUCACAAAAUCACAGUUCAAAACUACGAACUCAGUCUCAAUUUUCCUGCUGCAGCAAAUCGAGGCAUUAAUAUAAAGAAAAUUAACAUUUUAUCUCUCAUAAUUCUUUUUCUGGAAAAUUUUAUAUCCAUUUAAUCUAUAUAUAUGUAGGAAACGAAAUGGCAAAAGUGACAACAAUGAUAAAGACUUAAUUGAAUUAAGCAAAAUUCAAAUACAUUUUUUUGAUAAUUUUGAUGAAAGAUUUCAAGCUGAUACAUAUUUUUAGCAUAAAAUUGUUGAGCAAUAUGUUUCCAUUAUCCCAAAAUUUCAAAUAAUGAUGUCAUUCUCAGACUGGAUCUGGAUAGCUUAAAUAUAAAAAUAUAUAUAAUAGUCUUUUUGUGACUUUGUUGUACCACGUCAGUUAAUUGUCGACAAUUAGGCUGAUAUUUUGAAUCAAACUAAAGUGACCUCGAGUUUAUUUUGAACUUCUAUCUCUCAUGUAGAAUGAACUAAUAAAUCAAUUAACACUAGAAAAUGCAAUAUUCAAUAAGAUAAAAAAAAUCCAAAUUUGGUCAAAAUAUUAAGAAAAUGAAUAGUUGAUAUUGCGACUCAAAUGAAUAUAUAUAUUUUUUUAAUGAAUUCAAUUUUGAAAAAUCAUAGGCAGUCUUACAAUUUUCUAAUAAUUUCAAAUUCCAGGUGGUUUUACUGUAAAAAAAGCCCUUUGUUAUGUUUGCUAGUAAAUUGUUCUGCAAUUCUGAUAAUAACAAAUUUCUUCAAAUAGAAUUGGUUUUAAAAAAUACACUGUUUAGUUUGAUAAGUAAACGGUGAAAAAUUGUUAUUUUAAACAAAUAAUUAUUUGAUUUUGAUCAACUAACUCCCAGUCACUUGUUGUAAAAUGAUCAUGGAGCUAUUGAUAAAAUACCACAUGUGCAUGAUGGUGGUUUAAAAAAGUACUGAAUCUAAUGCAAGAACUAGCUGUCGCAGAUUAGAAUAACAAAACUCAAAUUUUAUAUUUAAUCCCUUAUUUUUUAUUAACUCAAUUCUGUAAUUUUAAUGAAAUCACUUGAAUGCUAUGAAUUUUUUAUAAAAUCUUUUAAACUAGGCGUUUAGAGAAUUAAAAUUUUAAUGAGAUGAUACUGCUACAAAAAUAGAAAAAAUUUUAAAGUAUAUCUCUGUGAAGGAUAUUUGAAUUUUUAAAAUUCUUGCAAUCAUCUGUCAUAUGCACCAAUGAUAUUUUAUGGCUGUAAAUAUAAUGUAAAAUAUUAUGCAUAAAAACUCAGGAAUUCCAAAAGAACAAGGAAAAUGCUAAUAAUUCAAAUGAGAUUUAAAUUUUGCUCACAAGACAUGAAUAUGUUGGAAUUCCAAUUGGAAAUCAUCAUUCACAUAUUUUAAUAAGGUCUGUCAAAUGAAUUAUUAAAAAUACUUUCACUAUUUUCUUGCCAAGAAACUAAACAAAGUCUUCUCCUAUUCAAACAUGAUGGAAUGGAAUAUGAACUGCAUUUCAAAUCACAGUUCUCUUUUACUCUUCUUAUGCUUAUGCAAUGGAAAUAUUACAUUUGUCUAUG